AUGCGGUGGCUCACAGUUCUAAGCGCGUGUCUGGUGGCGGCCGUCAGCGCAAGGCCCGAAGGGUACAGUUACCAUACGCCCCAGUUCGGGCUGUCCGAGGGCGGUGCAGCGACCUCUAGUGCUAGUUUAGUAUUUGGAGCCGGAUCGGGAGGCGGAUCGCACGAACUAGACGACUGUGUAGAGCCGGUGCUACACGGCCACGUGAACUAUUUCGCUCCCCAACAACAAGAAUCCUCUCGAGGCCACUCCGAGUCGGGGUCUUCCUCGUACCAGAGUGCAUCCUUGGGGCACCAUCAGCACUCGCACUCGGCGGUUGAAACGUCACCCGAUCUGCUCCCGUACUAUCACCAGCAGCCCCAACAGACGCAUCACAAGGUCCACCACGAACCACAGGUUGACUACUUCGCCAACGUGCACCAGCAGCAGCACCACCACGGCCACCAUGAGGCGACCGUGCAGUACGUCCAGCAGCCGGUCGUGAAGGAGGAAGUCCACAAGCACGUGUACGUGCAUGUGGCGCCGGAAGAGAAGGAAGAGAUCCACCAGAAGGUGAUCCUGCCGACCUACACCAAGCAGCGGCACUACAAGAUCAUCUUCAUCAAGGCACCGUCACCGCCGACCCCGGCCAAGGUAGUCCUGCCGCAGCAGCCGGCCAACGAGGAGAAAACGCUCGUUUACGUUCUCCACCAGAAGCCGGAGCUGCAGCAGGAGAUUGUGGUGCCCCAGCCGGCCACCGCGAAGCCAAGCAAACCGGAGGUCUACUUCAUCAAGUACAAAACUAAGAAGGAGCACCAACACCAGGAAGAACACCACCAAUCGUUGACCGGUAGCAGUAGCUACGGCGGAUACGAGACUUCCGACCUGACCGGGUACGGUGUUCCCAGCUUCGCCCCGAUAGUCGUGACGGAGGGAUCGUACCACCAGCGGCAUAGCACCACGGCAGCGCCACCCGUCAAGCUGACCACUGCCGCCGCUGGCCACCACCUUCAACCAUCCAGCAGUUCCAGCUCCAGCUACGUCAGCAGCACGGCACGCACCGCCGCCGUCGCGAGCCACCACCGGGGGCAAGACAUCAGCAUCACCAACAGCGGUCUGUCCGGUUACUCCUCGGCCACCAGCCAAACCUCCACCGCCAAGGCCACCGGACGUGGGUCGAAAAAGUCCUGCCGAAAGUGUAGCAAAUCCACGACUAGUGGCCAGCUAGAGGUCAGCGCCGGUGGCACUCUGGACGCGUUCGUGUCGAACAACUUCUGA